CCGUGGGAGCUCCACCUGGACUUCCAGCCCAGGGUGCAGCGCCUGUUGCUUUGCCACCGGCGGCCCCUCCAGCACUGCCCACCACCCCAAUGCCAACUGCAGCGGUCCCUGGUCCCGUGGUGGCCACAGCCCCACCGCCCGCGCCAGCGCCCAACCCGCAGGCGGCGGCGAUUCUGGCGCAACUGGCUGCAGGAGCCACCGGCACAGGUGGAGCGGCAACCUCACAGUCUGCUGUCUUAGCCGCCCUGGCCCAAAAUGCCGCUGGCACGCAAGCACCAGCCGCCGCACCUCCCAAUCCCCAGGCAGUUGCACUGCUACAAGCUUUGGCUGGGGGUGCUACUGGAACUGCACCUGCUGCACCUGCUAUAGGCCCUUCACCACCUCCAUCAUCCACAUUGACCCCACAAGCGGCUGCUGUCAUUGCUGCGCUCGUGGCCAGGCAACAGCAACAGGCAUCACAAGCUGCAACUCCAGGCUUGCAAAGCUCACUGGCCCUCACCCCCCAACCAGCAACUGCCGCCCCAAAUGCCCCACCCACUGGAUCUGGACAGAUCGAUCUCUUUGCUCACUUAGCCGCCUCCGCACGCAUCAAUGCAGCCAUGAAUGCUGCCUAUGCACCAGCUGAAGAAGAGCAGCCGCCUCCAACAGCCCCUGAGCCUGCAGCCUUUGAUAAGGAUGCCUUGAAGAGACUAGCGCAGAGAGCAGCAGAGGGACCCAUUGAAGAUGAGCUACCUCCGCCACCACCACCAGAGCACAAGAAGCCACCUGCAGCCCCGACCUCAGGUCGUUGCGAGAAGGAAGAGACGGCAUUGGUUCCCGCCGAUCCGCCGGGCCCACCC